GAGGAGGAGAUGUGUCUGAGGAUGCAGAUCCGUGUGCUGUUCCCAGAUCCACGUGGCGCGUGUCCCAGUGUGGUGACAUCGUAAUAAAUUAGAGGUUUAAGGCGUCCUUGGACAACGGAUCUUGGAGAGAACACCGUGCAUGUGUAAAUGUCGAAAGUGGUAAAGUGAGAAGCAAGCGAGGAGAGAAAUAUUAAAGAGGCCGAAAGAGAGAGCGAGAGAGAGACGGAGGCCUAUUUAAACACGUUGCUGUGGUCUUCAACCGGGACUUAAAAGGGCGACGCAUCUGUGAACCGCUGCAUCAGCCACUGCAACCUGUGUUUGAACUCUGUGAAGACGAGGUGGGAUGGCCUCUCCCUGCUGGCUGCGCUGGUGCACGACUGCUCCACGCAGGUGUUCGUGCAGCACUGCUGCGCCUGGCUCCGUGCCGUCACACAGCUGCUGCAGCCCUAUGAGCCGGAGGGCGGAUUGGCGCUGGCUGUCAGAGUCCUGGCCGACCUUCUGCGAUUCUCCGCGCAACUCCCCGAGCUGGCGCGGGAGGUGUCGCAGUCUCACCUGCCGGCGCUCAUGUCGGCACUGCUGGCGCUGCGGGACCAGCGAGAGUGCAUGGCGAUGGAGGGGCUGCUGGCCUUGCAUGAGAUUCUACCCGAAGACAAGUGGCACUACCAAGGUGAAGCUGGAGCUGCUGUUCGUUCCCAGACUGACGGCGACGAGGCCGACCGUGAGAGAGCUGGCGCUGGGCGGAUUCGUGCUGCUGCCGUCGCUGGGGGGAGGGGGCCCCACGGGGGGGCAGAAGCACGCGGAGGCGUGGACGCAGCAGCUGCACGACGUGCUGCGCUCGCUGCACGCGGCGCUCGCACGCCUCUACGACUCCGGAGCGGACGAGGCGCAGGACUGGGGUCCUGGGGUCCAACUGGCACUCCCGGAGCCACAGGCGGACAGCCCCGUGUACCUGCUGCAAGUGAAGCAGGAGUUCUCCUGCCUUGCCCGGGCCCUGGUCGUCAUGUUGCGGGAAGAGUUUACGGCGCCGGUGAAGGUGCCGGCGGAGUCAAUCCUCGCCCUCGUUUGCCGAGCGCUGGCUAUCUCGCCCAAGCGCCUGGCCGCGGUGGGGGAAGCCACUAUGCAGCUGCUGGUGCUACCCUCGGUCCACACAGACGCCCUCUCGCUGCUCGAAGCCCUCAUUCGCACGUGCGGCAAGCGGCUACUGCGGUUCGGCGACGUUAUCAACCGGGCCUUCCCGCAGGUGCUCGGCACGUGGAGCCCGCCGGCGGAGACGGGGGGUGACCCCGGGCGGGAGAGCCCCUACAGCGAGGUGCGAGUGCGUGCGUACGGCGCGCUGGCCGCGUGGGUGGACGUGUGCGGCGCCACGUGCCGCGUGCUGCAGGACGAGCUGCAGCACGCGCACGACCUCCUCCGCCACCUCGUCCGGGACGCCUCCCCCGCCAGCGACCUCAUCCGGCUCCAGGUGGGGCGGCCGCGUGGUGACCUCCAGGUGGGGAGUCGCGCCGGCAAGCGGCACAAGGGCGGCGCGCUCGGCACCGGCGCCACCGGCACGGCCGGGCCCAGGAAGAGCGACGCGCAGGCGGGGGCCGACGUGUGCCUGGCGGCGCUGCACGCGCUGGUGCGGGUGGUGCUGCGCUGUGGGAGCUUGCUGCCCGCCAGGGUGCACAAGCGCCUGCACGAGCUGGCGGUGAGCUCGGCGCUGGCGCUGCAGGCAGGCGGCGCUCCGCCGCGCCCCCUCGGCGCGUGCCCCGCGUGCCGUGUGGAGCUCUACCGCCUGCUGCUGCACCUGCUGCUGGCGCCCUCGCCGGCGCUGCCUCCGCCGCUGCAGCCGGCGCUGCGCAUCCUGGCCCGGGGCCAGCGUGACGACAGCGCCCAGGUGUCCGCGUUUUGCGCCGACGCCCUCGUCGUCGCGAGCGCCAUCGUCCACCCGCGGGUCCCCUCCCUGCAGCUUCCCGCACCCCCAGCCGCGCCCGCAGCCGCCCCUCCGCUCGGGGAGGCGGCCCGCGAGUUCUCGUGGCCCGGAAGAGACCCCGAGGGCGGGGCGGGCCCCGACGCCGAGGCGCGCGACGUCCGGCCCGACGACCGCUCCCCGCUGGACCUGUCGCGCAACGACGCGCCGGGAGAUUGGGCCCGGCCGGCCGUCCCGCGCGGCUCUUCCGGUGGCGACUCCGGCGGAACGGCGGGCGCCGACGGCGGCGCCGAAGGCCCGGACGAGUCCGCGACGAUCGCGGACGGCGUCGCGGCGCCGUUGCGGGCGACGGCCGUGGAGCCGCGCCGAGUGGAGGACGAGGGAGCACACCGGGAGAGGGCGGCGGCGGCGGAGAGGGCGGCGGCGGCGGAGAGGGCGGCGGCCUCCUCUCUGCGGUCCAGUGGAGGGAUGCAGGAGGAGGACGACGUGGAGGAGGGUGGGCGAGAGAACGGCGGCAACGACGGCAGAGGAUCCAAGCGCAAACGGGGGAGGGACGAGCGCGAGGCUGUGGCUGCGAGCGACGAGAAGCACGACGGCGGUUGCUGCGGCGACGAUGGCGAUGAUCGCGAUGGCGGCGACGACGACGACGACACGAUGAGGACCAUGCUCGCCGACUUUGUGGACUGCCCACCAGAGGGCGAGGGGAGCUGCCGCCACCGCGAGGUCGUCGCCGCUCGCGAUUAACUCGCCCGGCCGAAGCGCCGGCACCCCCCGCCAGCUCCUGGAGGCGCUGCGUGGGGACACGCCGGGAGGUGGGGGGGGAGCGGUGGGGCGCACGCAAGACGCGAGUUGUAUAUUGGAACUUCUUUCGCGCCGUACGUAGCCAACCGUGCGAAUCGGAGGUGCAAGUUCUGCGGUUGCUUUCGAUGCUUCAGUGUUGACUCGCCGAUCCCUCUGCCCACAUUGAGGACUCGGUUUUACCAGACACUGACUUUCCCGUCUCGACCGACAGCAGUGCUACCGGAGGACACACGACCGCGCGCACGCACGCACACACACACACAAAGAUCACCUUCACAGACUGUUGGGGCAAGUGCUGUUAGCGAGCAGCACCUAAGAAGGCCGCCACGGCACACGAGGGGGUGGGUGGCCCGCAUCACGUACCGCCAUUUUUGACACACCGCACCAGGUUCUCAUUUGAGGCUGAGUCGACCUAGGAAGAGGCCCAGGCCUUGUUCAGAUAUUCGUCGCUGGCGCUGACCUUGAGCGGGAAUCGAACCCGGCUCGCUGGGUUCGGAGCGCGGCGUGCUCGCCGGCGCACUUCCACUCCCCACCACGUGCACACACGCGUCGCCCGCCGUGUGUCAGCCUGCCACUCUGCUAGCGCCGCCGGGCGCCAACUGCUGCGCGGCGUCAUUUGUAGUCGGACAGAGCCGGCACGACUGUGCGGCGAUGCGCUCUCUUGGUCGCUGUGCUGGGGCAGCGACAUCCACGGAGCCUCCCCAGCGUAGCGUGUGCCGGGUGACGAACAGCAUGCUCCACCCCCAUCGUGUCUGCUCGUGCGCUUGUUAAGCAACAGCCCUUGCCCCAUCGCUCCCCGCAACUUUCUUUU